UUGGUUAAAGCUUGAUAACAUAUAAAACACUGUGCUGAUCCUGUUCCUUUUUGACACCUUUUAGAGGCAGAACAGUCAGACGAACAACUGUACCAAGAAAUAUCAAAGGCAAAUGUUAUCUGCAUAGUUUACUCAGUCAACAACAAGAAGUCCAUUGAAAAGGUGACAAGCCACUGGAUUCCCCUCAUAAAUGACAGAACGGAUAAGGAUAGCAGGGUACCAUUGAUCCUUGUGGGGAACAAGUCGGACCUGGUGGAACACAGCAGCAUGGAGACCAUUCUCCCGAUCAUGAAUCAAUACCAGGAUAUCGAGACCUGUGUAGAGUGCUCGGCUAAAAACCUGAAGAACAUCUCUGAGCUCUUCUACUACGCCCAGAAGGCUGUUCUCCACCCGACAGGACCCCUGUACUGCCCAGAGGAAAAGGAGUUGAAGCCUUCCUGCAUUAAGUCGCUAACAAGAAUCUUUAAAGUGUCUGAUCUGGACAACGACGGCAUCCUUAAUGACAAUGAGCUCAACUUCUUCCAGAGAACAUGUUUCAAUACACCACUGGCGCCUCAGGCCUUAGAGGAUGUGAAGAAUGUGGUCAGGAGGAACAUGACAGAUGGAGUUAAGGAUAACGGACUUUCACUCAAAGGCUUCCUGUUCCUGCACACCCUCUUCAUACAGCGAGGUCGACAUGAGACUACCUGGACUGUCCUGAGGAGGUUUGGUUAUGACGAUGACUUGGAGCUCACACAGGAAUACCUGUUCCCAAUGAUAAAGGUGCCUCCAGACUGCACCACAGAGCUUAACCACAAUGCUUACCUCUUUCUACAAAGUGUCUUUGACAAACAUGACAAAGAUAGAGAUUGUGCACUGUCACCAGAGGAGGUGAAGGACUUGUUCAAAGUGUUUCCCUACAUGCCCUGGGGCCCGGAUGUUAACCACACGGUUUGCACUAACGACAAGGGAUGGAUCACAUACCAGGGAUACCUCUCCCAGUGGACGUUAACAACAUAUCUAGAUGUACAACGUAGUUUGGAAUAUUUAGGUUAUCUUGGCUACUCUAUCAUCUGUGAACAGGAGUCCCAGGCAGCUGCUAUUACAGUGACUAGGAACAAGCGCAUUGAUCUGCAGAAGAAACAGACCCAGCGCAGUGUCUUCCGCUGCAACGUCUUGGGGGCCCGGGGCAGCGGGAAGAGUGGUUUCCUCCAAGCUUUCCUGGGCAAGAACCUGCAGGGACAGAGACGGAUUAGGGAAGACCACAAGUCCUUCUAUGCCAUCAGCACGACCUAUGUUUAUGGUCAGGAGAAGUACCUGCUGCUCCAUGAGGUGAUGCCAGAUUUUGACUUCCUGUCUGAGGCGGACCUAGCAUGUGAUGUGGUCUGCCUGGUGUACGACAUCAACAAUCCAUGCUCUUUUGAAUACUGCGCCAAAGUGUACAAGCAAUACUUCAUAGAUAGCAAGACGCCAUGCGUGGUGAUUGCCGCCAAGUCAGACAUGCACGAAGUACGGCAGCACUACAGUCUCUCGCCACACGAGUUCUGCCGUAAGCACAAGCUCCAUCCACCCCAGCCGUUCACGUGCAGUACGGCCGAAGCACCAAACAAAGACAUCUACACUAGACUCACCACCAUGGCUAUGUAUCCCCAUGCCCGUCUCCGCUGCAUGUGUGCCUGCAACAGGUGCACCUAUUGCCUGUGUCACAACCUCCUCAAGUCGGAGCUGCUGCGCAGUAUUAAGGCCCAACUCCGCAGGGUCGUUUUCAACAGACACAUGGCUCAGGCGGACCUGAAGAACUCAACCUUCUGGCUGAGAGCGAGCGUUGGUGCCACAGUGUUUGCCGUGCUGGGCUUUGCCAUGUACAGAGCACUUCUGAAACAGCGGUGAUCAUCAGACAGCAUGAGACAGCUACUUCCUCCCCCGGUCCCACUGUUGACUCUGUCCCUUCCCCCCUACCUAAAAGACUCCAAAAGACUGGCUGACUAACCAACCAGGCCUAUUGACUCAGCCCCCAACUCCACCUCAUCCCCUUCCAACAAUGCAGUACGUGCAAGAAACAAAUGAGCAAAAUAAUAGGUACAUUUUAUAUGCAUUUACAAAUGAAGAGUACGGUUUAGUAUUUUUUGUUAAUCUUGUGAGGAAAGGGACAAGUGAUUUAAAAUUUAACUGCCCAUCAUUUAAUUUGUAAAUACUGACAUGCUGUGAUCUGUUGGUCUAGUCUAGUCAAGGUCAGACACAACUAGUCACUGGAUGUUUUCAGCCUAUCCAGUCCUCCUUUUUUUUUUUUUUUCUCAGGUCAGUAUUAUUACUUAGAUGGUUAGUGAUCAGACAGAGGCAGCCAUAUACAGAAACACCACAAAGGGACUUGAAUCUGUUAAAAGUAUGUAUAUGCAGUAUAUUAUGUAUGUAUUCCUCAAGAAUUUUAGGAUUGGACCCAUUUAUGGCCUCAGAAGCCAGGAGCAACCCCUACAGGAUGUGUUAGUUAUACAUCUAACAUUAGAAAGGUCACAAUUGGCAUGUAUAUUUUAUGUGUUAAUUUAUUAACCAGUUUAUUUGUUUUCUUGUCUGUUAGAGUGCACUGCAUGAAACAGAUGGAGGGAUUUACAUUUUACUUUUAUUUUUGUAUUUAGUGUUAUCAAAGCAGUCUUCAUGGUGUAUCAUGAUUUUCAGCUUGUUUUUAUUUUUUCUGGUUUUCAAAUAGAGCUUUGUCCCUCAUGUUAUAUUUUUAUGAAAUUAGAAGCACCAUAGAGCAACAGAUAAUGCUAUUAACAACAGCCAUUCAGUGCACCUCUCUCACCUUAAAACUAUAAAAGUGUUUCUUCUCAUUCUUCUCUUUUCCAACAUUUACAAUAAGAAAUUGUGCGAUCUGGCACAGUGUGUUGGGUGAAAUGACAGCUAAUUUAAAAGCAAUGACAAGGAAAAUAAAAUGGUUUUAAAUAUCUGUAAUAAAUGACAUUUACACCCACUGA